AUGGAGAAGCAAUACUCCUGCCUGUAUUGCAAUAACAGGUUCAAGAACAAAAACGAGGCUGAACGACAUCAGAACUCACUCCAUCUGCGGCGUCACUCUUGGUCUUGUGCCGCACUCCCGAGCUAUCAAUUAGCAUUCCAUCCGUCUCCGUCAGCUCAAACGGGCCCGGGCGCAUCCCACGAUAGCUGUGGAUACUGUGGUGAAGAGUUUCCUAAUUUCCCCCACCCAGAUUGGGAUCAGCGGUUCGAGCACCUUACUACUGUCCACAAGUUUGGAGAGUGUAACAACUCGAAAAAGUUCUUCCGAGCAGACCACUUCCGACAGCAUCUCAAACACAGCCACGCUGGAACUAGUGGGAAAUGGACCAACAUCCUCGAGAAUGCCUGCAUGAAAGAAGAGGCACCACCCGAACCUCUAAACAGGAACGGUGGAGCAGAGUCUCCGAACAAAAUGAACGACGUUCUCCGAGACUGCUGA